GCGCACGCACACACGGUGCACACGUCAGGCCUGCGCCUCCCCGUGUCCAAGCGCACGCAGAUCCUCCCGCGCGCCCGCACACUCCUGCAGGCUCCCGUGUCCGCUGCGGGGGCCGCGGGGCCGGGAAGGUUUAUUCAUUAAGCAAAUAUUUCCUGACUCCUGCUAUGUUCUGGGCCUGGGCUCAGUCCUGAGGAUGCUGAGGAGGAGAGGUCUAACGUGUUGAUCCUCCUUCAACAAAGACUCAUUGAAUGCCUCAAGCUCUGGCCACAAAAUGAAGGACAAGACAGUGAAGGCUUCUUGGCCCACACCUGGGAGGAUAAGCUACCUGGAAGUCUUAGUGCUAGCAGAAGAUGGCUGUGCCACCCACGUAUGCCGAUCUUGGCAAAUCUGCCAGGGAUGUCUUCACCAAGGGCUAUGGAUUUGGCUUAAUAAAGCUUGAUUUGAAAACAAAAUCUGAGAAUGGAUUGGAAUUUACAAGCUCAGGCUCAGCCAACACUGAGACCACCAAAGUGACGGGCAGUCUGGAAACCAAGUACAGAUGGACUGAGUACGGCCUGACGUUUACGGAGAAAUGGAACACCGACAAUACACUAGGCACUGAGAUUACCUUGGAAGAUCAGCUUGCACGUGGACUGAAGCUGACUUUCGAUUCAUCCUUCUCACCUAACACUGGGAAAAAAAAUGCUAAAAUCAAGACAGGGUACAAGCGUGAGCACAUUAACCUGGGCUGCGACAUGGAUUUCGACAUUGCUGGGCCUUCCAUCCGGGGUGCUCUGGUGCUGGGUUAUGAGGGCUGGCUGGCUGGCUACCAGAUGAAUUUUGAGACUGCAAAGUCCCGAGUGACCCAGAGCAACUUUGCAGUUGGCUACAAGACUGAUGAAUUCCAGCUUCAUACUAAUGUGAAUGACGGGACAGAGUUUGGCGGCUCCAUUUACCAGAAGGUGAACAAGAAGUUGGAGACCGCUGUCAAUCUUGCCUGGACAGCCGGAAACAGUAACACGCGCUUCGGAAUAGCAGCCAAGUAUCAGAUUGACCCUGACGCCUGCUUCUCGGCUAAAGUGAAUAACUCCAGCCUGAUAGGUUUAGGAUAUACUCAGACUCUAAAGCCAGGUAUCAAACUGACACUGUCAGCUCUUCUGGAUGGCAAGAACGUCAAUGCUGGUGGCCACAAGCUUGGUCUAGGACUGGAAUUUCAAGCAUAAAUGAAUACUGUACAAUUGUUUAAUUUUAAACUAUUUUGCAGCAUAGCUACCUUCAGAAUUUAGUGUAUCUUUUAAUGUUGUAUGUCUGGGAUGCAAGUAUCGCUAAAUAUGUUAGACCUCCAGGUUAAAGAUGAUUCAGCUUUAAGAUGUUACCCUUUCGGAGGUACAGAAGAAACCCAUUUCUGAAAAAGGUCCUUUCAGUGGUAGACUUGGGGGGAACUUGGGAGCCCCUUUGAGAUGCCAGGUUUCUUUUUUAUCUAGAAAUGGCUGCAAGUGGAAGCUGAUAAUAUGUAGGCACUUUGUAAAUUCAUAUUGAGUAAAUGAAUGAAAUUGUGAUUUCCUGAGAAUCGGACCUUGGUUUCCCAACCCCAGUUUAUGAGAGGCUCGCUGCUUGGUGGUGUGUACAAACUCACUUGAAUGGGACUUUUUAAGAUAGAUCUUCAUGACCUGUUCCCACCCCAGUUCACCUCUUUUGCACCAAAAGGUCUGCAGGGCGUGGUCACUGUUUCUUUUGUGCCAUUUUGGGGUGGAGAGGGUGGAUGUGAUGAAGCCAAUAAUUCAGGACUUAUUCCUUCUUGUGUUGUGUUUUUUUGCCCUUGCACCAGAGUAUGAAAUAGCUUCCAGGAGCUCCAGCUAUAAGCUCGGAAGAGUCUGUGUGAUUGUAAUCACAUGGUGACAACACUCAGAAUCUAAAUUGGACUUCUGUUGUAUUCUCACCACUCUGUUUUUUUUUAGCAGUUCAAUGGGUACAUUUUAGAGUUUUCCAUUUUGUGUGGAAUUAGAUCUUCCCCUUCAAAUGCUGUAAUUAACAUCACUUAAAAGAAACUUGAAUAAAAUAUUGAAACUUCA